CUUGUUGAGUCGGCUGUGAAAGAUGUUUGGUGAGUUGUGCCGACUUUGCGAGCGUCCGGCGGCCGACGGCGGCCACCGAGCGGCCGAAUUGGACAAGGACAAGUUGGCCGAGUGGUGUCUGAAUUUCUUGGGCACGACUUUGGCCAAAGAAAUCGACGACCGAGACCUCUUCUGCUACUUCUGCGUUUGGGACGCCAGAACUUGUUUUGCAGGUUUUAUCAUAAUAAAAGCCACAAUGAAGCAAAUGGGGAAGAUGAUUAUGAUAUGUGCUGGUGGCCAGAACAAGACGUUGACAAAAAUGCUCAGGACCUGCAUAAAAACUACACAGAUGGAAAAUUGCAGCAGUGUUGGGUUUCUUUGGAAAAAUUGCCAAGUGAAGAAAAAGCAAGUGCCGACGCUGGAGGAAAGACUGAAUCAAGAGACCGGAUCCAUGUCGGAGGAGCAAACAGAUCAGCCGCCGGCUGCUCCGACGGAGGGAGAGGCACCGAAAGAGGCCACGCUACUCCAACCCCUUUCAGAGGGAGGGAAACAACAGUGGUGUGAGAAAAUUUAGUAGUCGAAAGAACCUUGCAAGGCCAUUACCGACGGGUGCAAAACGUUUGCUUGCAAACAAAUAAAAUAAAAGGUUAAUAAUCCUUAAGCCUAACAUAUUAUUUGCAGAUGCGGGUUUCAAUAUUUCUCGAGUUAAUAAGGGAUCAAUUAAUUUAAUAUAAAGUUAAAUAUAUUCAAAUUUAAUAAGUUAUAAGCUCUGGAAAUCUAUAUAAAACUAGAUAAGUUAUAUAUCUCUCUACAUCGGCUCAAAAAAUAAAAUCAUGCAAUAAUGUUCAUUGAUCUUAUGGGAAAAAGGUUCAGAGGUUUUAACUUCCCUGUUACGAAAAUUAAACUAAUUUCAAAUAAAUUUGAAUUAACUUUUGGCCUCCAAUAAUGCAACAUCCAAUGCUACAUUUUAUAUGGAAAAUUUAACUUUCCACGAUAGAGAAGAGAGAUUUUACAAAAAUUAGAUCAGCUCUAGAAGAAGCCAAGGAGAUCUAUCGGCUGAAGUUAAUUAAAUUGAAGAGUUUUUUUCCUGUUUAUAGCAAAAAACCAGGGCUCCAGCAAUUCCUUUGUAGGUCUGAAAAUAUAAUGGUACAGCAGAAAAAUAAUAAAAAAAUAUUUAGUUCAAUUCAAUUGGGAAAUCCUACUCAUGAAAAUAAUUCAUCAAAACUGGUUAAUAAAUAGGAAUCUUUAAUAAUAUUUUUCUACA